GGCGCUCCUCUGCAGGCCGGGGGCCCCCUCCUUGCUGGGAGGCCCGGGGCCACCUGCGCCACGCCCCUGGGCCGCGCCCGAGCCGGGAAGGGGGGAGCGCGCCUCGCUUGGGGAAGGGCGAGUCCUGUGCCGCCGCGGGCCUGUCCCUGAGCCGGAAUCCGCCGCGUUGGGCAUGUGGCUGUGCUGAGAGCCUGAGCCCGCCGACCGAGAGCCCGGCGCCCCCCGAGUUUCUGGCCUGGCCGUGCGAGGAGGUGGACGGGCAGCCGGGCACCAUGACCAACCCCGCGACCGCGCAGAACAAGGAAAUAGACUGCCUGAGUCCAGAAGCCCAGAGAGUGGCGGAGGCCAGGCUGGCGGCGAAGCGCGCGGCCCGCGCCGAGGCCCGCGAGAUCAGGAUGAAGGAGCUGGAGCGGCAGCAGAAGGAGAUCUACCAAGUGCAAAAGAAGUACUACGGGCUGGACACGAAGUGGGGUGACAUCGAGCAGUGGAUGGAGGACAGUGAGCGCUACUCCCGCCGAUCCAGACGGAACACGUCGGCUUCCGACGAAGACGAGCGCCUGUCCGUGGGCAGCCGCGGGAGCCUGAGGCCACAGCCCGACUUGGAGACCAGCGGUCCCUGCGCCUGGACAAAUGGGUAUGAUGGAGACUUGUAUGGAUCACAGUCCCUGAGCAGAAGAUCUGGCAGGAAUUCCAGCUACAGCGGCGACGGCAGGUCCUCCGCCUGGUCAUCGUCCAGAGAGGAGACGCUGCCCUCCUGUCUGUACAGCGCUGCCGGGCCGCCGUCAUCGGGGAGUCACCGGAGCCACUUCUCGUUAGAGUCGUCUUCCAGACGCCAGGCGUCGGCGUGGGACGACGGCGGUGGCCUGGGCAGGGCCCGGCGGGGGAGCGCCUGUGGCGCGCCGGCUCCCUCCGAGCACAGCGGCCACCUCAGCUCCAGCUCCCGCGCCUCCUCCAGAGCCAGCUCUGCGCGGGCCAGCCCGGUGGUUGAAGAGAGACCAGACAAAGACUUCGCCGAGAAGGGGUCCCGCACCCUGCCCAGCCUGUCCGCAGCCACCCUGGCCUCGCUGGGCGGCACCUCCGCUCGGAGGGGCAGCGGGGACACCUCCGUCUCCGCGGACACCGAGGCGUCCAUGCGGGAAAUCAAGGAACUGCACGAGCUCCAGGACCAGAUUCAGGACGUGGAGGGCAGAUACAUGCAGGGGCUGAAGGAGCUGAAGGACUCGCUGGCGGAGGUGGAGGAGAAGUACAAGAAGGCCAUGGUCUCCAACGCGCAGCUGGACAACGAGAAGACGAACUACAUGUACCAGGUGGACACGCUGAAGGACACGCUGCUGGAGCUCGAGGAGCAGCUGGCCGAGUCGCGGCGGCAGUACGAGGAGAAAAACAAGGAGUUCGAGCGGGAGAAGCAUGCCCACGGGCUGCUGCGCUUCCAGCUGGCGGAGAUGAAGGCCGCCCUGCAGCAGCGGGAGGAGAUGCUCCAGGAAAUCCGGCAGCUGCAGCAGAAACAGGCGGGCUAUGUCAGGGAGAUCUCUGACCUCCAGGAAACGAUAGAGUGGAAGGACAAAAAGAUAGGGGCCUUAGAGAGGCAGAAGGAGUUCUUUGACUCUGUCAGGAGCGAGCGAGACGACCUCAGAGAAGAAGUGGGCGUGCUGAAGGAGGAGCUGAAGAAACACGGGAUCGUCCUGAGUUCGGAAGUGGCUACCAAUGGGGAGACUUCAGAUGCUCUGGCGGGCGCCGGACCCCGCGGCCCCGCCCGGACGACGACGAAGGGAGAGCCCAACGCCCUCCAGGCGCCCGGGGACGGGCCCCUCGGAAAAGCCCCUGAAGCGGAGGUGCAAAGGGAGAUUGUGGACGCUGUGGGGGAAAGAGAGACCUUGCAGAGUGCCGAGCGCCAGGAGGACCCCGUGGAGGACGGUGUGGACACAGAGGUCUUACCUCCUGGCGGCGGUGCGGAGGGCCAGGCGCCCCCCGGCAGCGGUGCCCUCUCCCUAGCGACAGCAGCAGGUGCUGCAGAGGAGGACCAGGUCCAAAGCCAAGUGCUGCUAGCAAACGGGUCCCUCCUUGAACACACAGAGCAGGGUGGGCCCAGUGCGGUCACGAGCACCCCGGAUGCCGGGGUGGGGGCGGGGGCUUCGGGGUGUUGGAGGGAACGAGAUGAUGACGCGCUGCACCCCGAGGCAGAUGCCUCGGGUCCCCUAAACCAAAGUGGAGAAACCAAAGAAACGCAGGAGCAAGAAAAGCAAGGUUGCGGCGCCGGGUUGGGAGAGGGGAGCCCGGAACCACGCCAGGAACCCGCUCCCUCGCAAAUCUCCGAGGCCGCCGCGGUGAGCUGCAGCACCCGGGGCUCGGUGCGGGCAGGGCCGACCGGGUCAGGGGGGCCGGAGGGCACAGCGGCUUCCAGGCCUCCGAGGGGCAGCGUUGACAGCGUGAGUCAGGAUGACAGAUGUGUGGCCGAUGUCCCCAGAGAGGUGGACGCCAGCGCAGGGUGUGGUUUAGAGACAGAGCUCACCGGCCAGGAAGCAGCAGAGCCCCCGGAGGCCCCGGUGCAGAGCACGGGACUGGGGGGGUGCGGGGAUGAGGACGAGGCGGAGGGGGCGGGAGUUAGGAGUGAGAAGCCCACCCACACCGCAGCCCAGACCAGCCCCUCGUCUGCGGUGGCCACGCACCGUGCGCAGGGAGCAGCAGACCCGUGUCCAGCCGAUGCCAAGAGCAAACCCCUAGACGCGGAAGAACCCGGCGAGGACAGCAAGAACCUGCAGGGCGCGGGGCUGGAUUCGCCGCAGAAGAAGACAAGGAACAAGAAGAAGAAGAACAAGAAGAAGAAGUCGCCGGCAGCGGCAGAGACCAGCAAGGACGCCGAGAAAGAGCUGCCGUCCCAGAGCCCGGACCUGAGCGAGGUCAGGGAGGAAGAGCUGGCGGGACCCACUGACGAGAGGCCAGGUGCAGGGACAGCGCCCGAGGCCCCUGGCAGCCCCAGACGGAACUCGGUGGCGGGGAGCAGCGAGAACCCGGACGUUCCGGAAAGCGCUGACCUGGAGGUGGAUGGAGAACGGAACCCGGGAGACGGCGGCGACGUGGCCACGGAGGCGGGGGAAGCGAUCGCCGACGGAGAACCGGGGCCGCCGGAAGGCGACGCCCUUCAGGGAGCGGGUGCAGGAGGGUCAGAGGGAGGAGGAGGAGGAGGAGGAGGAGGACCCGACGGUGCCCACGUAGACAGCGGCGCCACUCCGUGCCGGCCCCCAGGGGACGAGGACGUCCCCGGCAGCGCCCCGCCCGGAGGCCAGCGUCCCUCCGAGGUCGUCGACGGUGAGAGUCAGGGAGCCAGGGAGGUUUCCGAGAGCCUCGGGCCAGAAAGGGACGGCCUGGCGCCCGCAGGGGAGUCGGGGGACUCCUGCCCAGACAGCAGGGAGGAGGCGGGGGGCCAGAGCGAGAAGGACAGAAGCAAAGAAGACUGCGCCCUGUCGUAGGCGAGGCUGGCUCGUCCGGCGGGGGGCAGGGCCGCCCACCACAGCCCCCACCCCCCCCCCACCCCAGCGGCCCUUGACGCGGUCCAGACGCACCAGCACAAUCGAGCGCCACGCCAGCUGGGACUUUAAGUUGCAGACUGUUACCGGCAGAUUCGUAUGUUGUCAAGGCCAGCCCCCAGGCCAGAAGGAGAAACACGUGUGUCGCCGGCGUGCGCUCUAACCGGCGCGUCGGACAGUAGCACACCCUGUCUGCAGCCCGCACUCACAGUCGGUACGCCAGGCCCCGUCCGCCUCCGCUGGCCGGGCCGUGCGUGUCCGCGACCGGAUGUAUCGGCCUCGGACUGAAACGACCAAACAGCAUCCCAAGAUCCCCACAUCGGGGUGGAAGCGAUGUGUAAACUCCUUCGUCCCGCUCAAGUACACGUACCUUCCUGUUUGCUUUUGGUGUGUGCGUUAUCCCCUGCGUGGCAUUUCCUCUGAAAGGGAGACCAGCGGCCAAACAGCCUGUGGGUCGCGGGUGAGCCUUCGUCUCAGGGGUAACGCGCAGCUGGAAGCCCCGGGGGGGGGGGGUCCCCGCCCAUAAAGACCGCGUCCCAGCUCCACAGGCCUGAGUCCGUGCCACGUGACUUCCCGCCGCGCCAGCCACCUACCAAAGUCAUUUCACACAAAGACUCUUUGAACACUUUUUUUCUGGAAGAGAGGAAUGUUGCAAUUCCGUUUCCUAGAGUGUUAUAGGGUGGGGAGGAUCACUUCUAAAAUUUAUUUUUUUAAGCUUAAAAUUACUUCUAUGUCUGAUCAUUAUUCCAAAGAGCAAUGGAAGAGGGAGGGGCUUGUUGUUAGGCAGAGUGAGCCGCCAGUUAAACCACAGCGGGGGUCUUAACACCGGUCAGGUGCUGUUGGUGUUCCGGUACAAAUAUUUGCAUUUGUUGUUUGUCCAUUGUAUUGGAAAAUUCUCGUUUUGAUCUUCCUGAACAAAAUAUGCAUUGUCUACCUAAAGAAGCCUUUUUUAAAAAAAUAAUUGUAAAGUUAAAUUUUAAAAUAAUUGUAACACGGUCAAAGCCCGCGGGAACGAGCGUGACGAAUGCUGUUGGCACGUGGGAGAGUCUGUGGCUCACGGCGCUGGGCGGAGGCACGCCCGAGCGCAGGAGGGACCAGCACCUGGGCGGCGCCCGAGGUGCCCGUGGGGCCGCGCGGUGGCAAUAAAGACGUUUCCGAGUGCUGCGA